AUGGAUAGCACGAGAGCUUCCCUCUCUUCAGUGCGGUCCAUCCGUUUCUCGCCGAUCACAAACUCUAGCCACUGGUCGGAAUAUUCAAAUGACCUCUAUGGAUACUACUGUGAACGGGUAUGCCAAAGCAUGACUUUGGUGGAUGAUUCGUCCAACGCUUUUCGCCGAGUUGUUCUUCCUUUGGCUCUUCAAAACCCGAUCGUUUUGAAUAUGGUGUUCGCGCUCGGUGCGUUGUCUCUGGCUCAUACCGGCCGCAAUAAGUUCCUUUCCAUCGCCCUGCAUUACAAAGUCCAAACCAUUCGAUUGCUCCGCCACAACAUCUCUCACCCGACAUCCGCAUUGAACGAUUUCAAUCUGAUUGUGGUUGUGAUGUUAUGCGUUUUUGAAGCGUCGGAUAGUGAAGACAUCACUUGGUCUAUCCAUCUUUGUGCAGCAGUUGACAUGCUGAAAGCAAAUAUUCGAACAAAAAUGUUCGCUUUUUCACCUGAGGUCUUGAAAUUUGUCGCCCAAUUUUUCAUUGCUAAAGAGGCACUCGGUGGAACUGCGUGUGGGAAGAGAGGCAAGGUGAAGAACUUCACAAUACCUCGAUCCGCAGAGGUUGAUCCAUCCCUGGGAUGCUCCCUAGAGUUGGUUGACCUAAUCUCUCAGAUCACAGAUCUGUCUAUGACGUUGGAAUUUGCACACGCUUGUGAGACACGGGAUGAGAAAAUGGAUUUCUUGUGGCGUCGUUUGGAGAGCCUUAUCCAGUAUUCCCCGCCAGAGAUAUUAUUAGAGCCAUCCGAAUGGCUCAACGAGGAGGGACAGCAUCAGCAAGGGGAUAAAGCCGCCCAGAAUUGGCCUGGGACAAUACUCCACCAAACAUCUCUGCUGAUGCAUGUGGUUGCUAAGCUUUACUUUCUGGCGUGUCUUCGUCCGAUGAACCCAGACCAACCACAGGUGCAGAAGCUGGUUCAAGACGCAAUCGCAUUACUCAAGCCUCUCUCCCCAUGUCUCCUGCAUCCUGCCCACCUGUGGCCGCUCUUUGUUUGUGCGGUCUAUGCGGUAGUUGACGCAAACCGGGUUUUCUUCCUCGACCAGUUUGAUCUUCUGCGCGGCCAUUCCAACAUUUAUUUUGUGACAAAGUCUAUAAAGAAGGCUAGAGAGGUGGUAGAGUUAGUCUGGAAGCGACGAGAUAUUCAUCAGGUUCCAAGCUUUCGAUGCGAGUGGGUGGAAGAGGUGCAGCCGAUGAUUCGUGGUUUAUGCUUCAGAUGA